AUGUCAAAUAAGUUUCAUUGUGACGUGUGUUCGUCUGAUUGUACAAAUCGUGUAAGAAUAUCAUGUGCAGUAUGUCCCGAAUAUGAUCUAUGUGUGCCAUGUUUUUCCCAAGGUUUAUACAAUGGUAAUCAUAGGCCUUUUCAUGACUAUAGGAUCAUUGAAACAAACUCAUACCCUAUAUUAAGUGAAGAUUGGGGUGCAGAUGAAGAAUUAUCUUUAAUUAAAGGUGCGCAGACUUUAGGUCUUGGGAAUUGGCAGGAUAUAGCGGAACAUAUAGGUAGUAGAACUAAAGAAGAAGUAGCAGAACAUUACCAAAUUUUUUAUCUGGACAGUCAAUACUAUCCAAUUCCUGAUAUUACAAAGUCCAUUCAUGUUCCACAGGAUGAAUUUUUGGAUGCCAGAAAGAGACGUAUAGAGGCAUUUAGAGAUAAGCCAUUGGAACCACCAAGGAAACCGUUGGCUUCUGUUCCAAGUUGUCAUGAAGUCCAAGGGUUUAUGCCUGGUAGAUUGGAAUUUGAGACCGAAUUUGAAAAUGAAGCAGAAGGACCGGUGAAAGAUAUGGUAUUUGAACCAGAUGAUCAACCGUUGGAUAUUGAAUUGAAGUUUGCUAUCUUAGAUAUCUAUAAUUCGAGAUUAACUUCUAGAACUGAAAAGAAGAGAUUAUUAUUUGAAAAUAAUUUAAUGGAAUAUAGAAAAUUGCAAGGUAUAGAUAAAAAGAGAAGUAAAGAAGUUAAGGAUUUAUACAAUAAGAUCAAACCAUAUGCUACUUUGAUGUCUGCACAGGAUUUCAAAGAAUUUAGUAAAGAUAUAUUAGAAGAGAUGAGGUGUAGAUCUAGAAUACAUCAAUUACAAGAAUGGAGAAGGAAUGGGAUAACCGCUAUGGAGGCUGGUCUCAAAUAUGAAAGAGAUAAGCAGGCAAGGAUUGCUACACUAGAGAAAAUUGGUAAUGGUGACAUUAAUGGUAAUUCAGGUCCUAUAAGUACAAGGCAUGGAAGGACUACCACGUCCCAUCCAACUCCUCCAAUUGCCACAGCAACAACCAUUAACAGUAACAAUAACAACCACAACCACAACGACAAUCAAUCAAACUCUAAUCGUAAAAAGACUCUUACGAUCAGUGAUAUUCAACACGGUAGUGACUUUGGUCUAUUAUCCAAUGAGGAACAACAACUCUGUCUGCAAUUAAAAAUAUUACCAAAACCAUACCUUGCCAUUAAAGAAAUGAUUUUCAGAGAGUUAUUACGUACAGGUGGUAACUUGAAAAAGAAAUCUUGCAGAGAAUUACUCAAUAUUGAUCCCAUGAAAGGAAAUAAGAUUUAUGAUUUCUUCCAAACUCAGAAUUGGAUGUAA